UCUUCAUCAAUGAUCACAGUGAGAGAAUCGAAAUGGCCGACUCUGAAGAGCCCCAAGUUUCCCCCCGCGUGCGAUGGAUGCUCUGGACGAGCUUCGCCCUGCUCUGCUACGUGCAAGGCGUGUCCGAGCUGACGCUGACCGUCUACCUGAGCACGGCGGCGGCGCUGUUCAACGGCUCGGUGCAGUACAGCACGAUCAGCGUGGUGGAAUCGAUCAUCAGCGGCGCGAGUAACCUGGUGUACGCGAAGAUCGCGGACGUGUUCGGGCGCCCGCUGAUGCUGGCGGGCUCGCUGCUGUUCUACAUCCUGGGCGUGAUUGUGCUGAGCAGCGCGCACAACAUCGCGACGCUGUGCGUGGGCAUCGUCUUGUACGCGUUCGGCAACACGGGCAUCAGCUUCGCCAUCUACCUCGUCACGGCGGAUCUGGUGCCUGCGCGCUGGCGUUGCACCAUCUCCAACGUCACCCUGCUGCCGUACGUGAUCAACUUCGGCAUCGCGUCCAAGAUCACCGCCCGUCUGGUCCCUCUCCACUGGCGCUGGGGCAUCGGCAUGUUUGCCAUUCUCGUGCCUGUCACCGCCGGCCCUCUCGCCGCCAGUCUGUACUUCUUCUCGCGCCAGUCCAACAAGACAAGUACACCGCCGAAACGCAGUCUCAACAAGACCGUCCGGGCGUUGUGGCAGCUGGAUCCCCUGGGAUUGUUGCUGGUCACGGUUGGCUUUGGUUUAUUGUUGCUGCCGUUGACCAUCGCCGACGAGGCCCCCCACGGCUACGCCAGCGGGUACAUCAUCGCCAUGUUUGUGAUCGGCGCCGUCUCGCUGCUGCUGUUCCCGGUGGCCGAGUGGUUCCUGGCGUUCCCCGCGAUCAACCUGCGUCGCCUGGUCGCCUUGGGCAGCAGCGUGGAUCUCCUGGUCGCCAUCGCCAUCGCCGUCGCCGACGCCAUGUCCGUGAUGAUCAGUUACACGCCCGCCUACAACUGGGUGCGCGUCACCUUUGACUGGAACGUGCAGGACGCAACGUACUUCCUCGACGCCGCGUCGCUGAGCGUCGUCAUCUUCGGCAUCGUCGGCGGCUUCGUCGCCACCGUCACCGGCCGGUAUAAAUGGUUGACCGUGUUUGGCGGCGGCGUGCGCUUCCUCGCCCUGGGCCUCAUGUACCGCUACCGCGGCGCCGGCUCGUCCACCUUCCAGAUCGUGUUUCCCCAGGUCUUGCAGGGCCUCGGCGGUGCCGUCAUGACCGCCAACCUGCUGGUCGCCUGCCAGAUCGCCGUCCCGCACGCCGACGUCGCCAUGGUCACCGGCCUGUUCGUCAUGUGUGAGGGUGUCGCCGAUGGUAUCGGCAGUGCCAUUGCCGGUGCCAUCCAGGGCAAGCUCCUGGGCGAGCUGACGCGCAGCCUGAGCGCCGUGGGCGCCUCGGAAACCCUCAUCCAGGCCAUCUACGACGACGGCGUGCUCGCCCUGGCGGAUUAUCCCCUGGGCUCCACCAUCCGCACGGCCACCAUCGAGGCCUGGGAGCGCAACACGCACCAGCUCCUCAUUGCCGCCCUCGUCAUUGCCGGCGUCAACUUCCUGCUCUGUUUCUUCCUGCAGGACCGUAAGCUGCCGGACAAGCAUAACUGCAUUACCGACGAAAAGGCCGGUUUGCCAGUCUUGGAUGAUAGUAUAUAGAUAGUAUAUACAAGUAUAUACAAGUACAUAGUGUAUAAUCUCAUC